AUGGACUCGCACACGGCGGCUGCCAUCGCGCAGCUGGUCUUCUAUAUCCCUGCAAUCCCAGUUGCAUUUUACUUGUGCGUCAGGAACUGGAAGCGCGGACCGCGGAUGGCAUGCUAUCCUGCGGUCCCCUUCACCAACAUUCGGCUCGUCGGAGCUAUUCUUGUCAUCGUCGAGGAACAGAACCAAACCAACACUAGCUUGAUCGCUGCCACGCUUGUGCUGCUGAAUCUCGGGCUGGUUCCACUGGUCCUGAAUUAUCUUGGCUUUGUCCGCCAGGUGUUUCGGUCGAGCCUCAAGGACAGCAAAGGGGCGAAAAGAUUCUCAUUCGUCGUUCACCUCUUCAUACUAGGAGCCGUCGCCCUUCUGAGUACUAGCGGAGCGCUCGCUGGCCAGCCGGACCGCGCCAACACCCAGUCUAGGGUGGCCAAGGUCGCUUACAUCGAAUUCACGGGAAUCUUCCUCGCCCUCGUUGGCAUGACCUCAGUGCUGUACUUUAAGCAGAGUAAAGUCAAAGACAGUGACAGGAUUUAUCUCAAGUGGAUGUUGAUUGCUUCCGUCUUCCUCGCCGUGCGCAUCGUCUACGGCCUCCUCGGCGUGUUCGAGCCGAAGGGCGACUUCACUCAAGUCCUAAGAUCGCAGUGGAACCCGCUGUUUGGGUCCGCCGUCGCCUUCUCGCUCAUGGCUCUACUUCCCGAGUACCUCGCCCUCUGCUGUUAUUUUAAGCUAGGGUUUCACCGCCUUCGCACCUAUAGACGGGAAGAUCUGGAAGAGGCGGCGCCGGAGGUGAGACUUCAUAGCCGUUGA